AUGGCAGAGGACAUUAGCCACAUUGAGUUCUUGCAUAAUGAUCUGCUGGUGAUAACCGUUCAGCUUGCCAAUCGAAGAGUACGAAGAAUAAUAAUUGAAAGUGGGAGCUCUGUAAAUGUGCUAUUCAGGUCCACCCUAGAAAAUAUGAGGCCAUCUGUAGCCGAUCUUAAGGUGACCUCGAUGACCCUAAACAGAUUUUUGGGAGAGGGAACAGUAGUCAUAGGGACGAUUAGGCUUGUAGUGACACUAGGAGAUGAUAUGCGAGUUGUUGCUAAAAUACUUGAGUUCGUUGUAAUUGAUUUUUUGGCUACCUACAAUGCAAUUUUGGGACAACCCAUGUUGAUGACUUUUGAAGCUAUCACCUCAAUCCAACAAUUAGCAAUGAAGUUCCCCUCAACCUCAAGUAUAUGUACUGUAAGAGGAGAUCAGCUUACUGCUAGAGAAUGUUAUAGCAUUACUACGAAGGAAAAAUUACAACCUGGGCAGCAAGCGAUGGUCAUCAUUGUGGGGAAUAAGGAGCCUCGGGAAAUAGAAAUUUCCCAUGGGGUGGAAGAACCUCGGGAAGGAGAUAACAAGGUCACCCAACAUGAUAACAUUAAUCCGAUAUUAGGCAAAGAUAGGUCUGAGCUCCAAGCAUUGGACGAGCUCAAGGAAAUCAAUAUGGUGGGAAUCAAUCCAAAUGUUAUGAUGCAUACUUUGAAUCUAGACAGGAAUAUGCCUGCAAAGGUACAGAAACGAAGGCUUUUGGGGAAGGAACGAUUAGAAGCUUUAGAAGAAUAA